CUCACUGCAAUUUCAAUUGCUCUUUUAUUCUUUAACCGUUCCAGGUUUCGAGUGAAGAAGAAACAAUUUUUCCGCAACUUUAUGACUAUUAUGCUCUUUGGUGCAGUUGGUACUUUGAUCUGCAUCAUAUCACUGAGUGCCAUACAUUUUUUUCAGAAGUUGAAUAUCGAUUCCCUCAAGAUUGGAGAUUUUCUUGCAAUUGGAGUAAUAUUUUCAGCAACAGAUUCAGUUUGCACGUUGCAGGUUCUUAAUCAGGAUGAGACUCCUUUACUAUAUAGCCUGGUCUUUGGGGAAGGAGUAGUCAAUAAUGCUACCUCUGUAGUGCUCUUCAAAGCAAUUCAAAAUUUUGACCUCUCUCACAUUGACUCAAAUACUGCCUUACAGUUAAUAGGAAAUUUAUAUCUAUUCAUUGCAAGCACUGUGUUGGGAAUCUUUGCUGGAUUGCUUAGUGCUUACAUAAUAAAAAAACUCUAUUUUGACAAGCUAAUAAGACAUUCUACAGACCGUGAGGUUGCUCUCAUGGUACUCAUGGCAUAUCUUUCAUAUAUGCUGGCUGAACUGUUUUCUUUGAGUGCCAUUCUGACUGUUUUCUUCUGCGGAAUCGUGAUGUCUCACUACACGUGGCAUAAUGUAACUGAAAGUUCAAGGGUGUCAACAAAGCAUGUUUUUUCCACUUUGUCAUUCAAUGCUGAAAUCUUCAUCUUCCUCUAUGUGGGGAUGGACGCAUUAGAUAUAGAGAAGUGGCGAAUCGUAAGUGAAAGCCCAAGAAAAUCUAUUGGGGUCAGUUCGUUGCUGUUGGCACUUAUUCUAGUGGGAAGAGCUGCAUUUGUUUUCCCUCUGUCCUUCUUAUCCAACUUGUUUAAGAAGUCUCAAUCUGAGAAAAUUGAGUUAAAGCAACAAGUAACAAUUUGGUGGGCUGGUCUCAUGCGUGGAGCAGUUUCUAUCGCACUUGCUUACAAUCAGGCAUUUGGGUUGAUGACGAAGCCACUUGUAAGGCUAUUGCUUCCUUCGUCAAAGCAUGCGAUGAGCUUUGCGUCCCCACCAUCGACGCCAAAAUCAUUCACAGUGCCACUUCUUGGCAGUGGAAGAGAGGAUUCAUCAAGGACCAAUGGUGGCACCCCAAAUUAAUAUCGUGGAGUGUAUAGAAAUGUGAAGUUCAUUCUGUGAUAGCAGACAAACAACAACUAAACAUAGUUGUUUGCAGGUUCCCAAUCAUGUUACCUCAGUACUAGGUACAAUUUUGAUUCCAUGUCCAACUAACCAAAUUUUCUCAGUUUUGGGAAAUGUUGCUGCCUAAUCUAUCUCAUCAUUUAUGUAACACACAUAUAUAAUUGGAGGGGGCAAUUUAAAAGGCCUAAGGUCAAUUUAUGCUCACCUAUCUUAACCACCUUGUUUUCUUCUA